UUACUCUCUCCACAAUGGAUCCCAAUCCAAAAGUAACUGCGGCUCUCGCCGCCGCAGAAUCAGCUCCCGGCGACAAGGGCCCCCUCUACGAAGCUCUCCUCAACGAUAUCCCGACCUAUUCCUCACCCACUCCCACCGCAGCCGAUCUCAACGCCGUCUUCGAUUCCUUCUUCAACCAGAGCCUCGGCCUGGUAGCCACGCGGUCCUUUCUAAACGCCUUCAUCACAACACUCAAGACGAUUAAUAAAGAGAGCCUCUGGAUCGAGGUCGGAAACCGAACGCUGGGCAUCCUGGCAGCCCAGCCGUCGUCCUUCUUCGACGCCGCUGCGACAAUAUACGAGCUCGUGGCCACGGCCCACGAGAACAAUGAAGACUUCCUCGAUGCCGCAAAGGCCCUGGCCGAGAUCCCCCUCGAUAGUUCGCAACGCAAAGUGUCGGAUGCCGACAAGGCCCGCGUGUGGGUUCGCAUCGUGCGCAACUACCUAGAAGUCGGCGAUGACACCGCCGCCGAGACGUACAUCAACAAGCUCAAGAACAUCAUGCACACUGUCUCAGACCCGGACCUCAACCUCCACUUUCGCCUCUCACAGGCGCGUAUCCAGGAUGCGAAGCGAGACUUUUUGUUUGCUGCCCAGCGAUAUCACGAAAUCAGCUUCUUCCCCGCCGUGGCCGAAGAGGAGCGUCUUCACACGCUGAGCAUGGCUGUCAAGUGUGCCAUCCUGGCGCCUGCCGGUCCUAUGAGAAGCCGGAUCCUGGGAAGGUUAUACAAAGACGAGAGAUCAGCGCAGUUGGACGAGUUUGGCAUCCUGGAAAAGAUAUUCCUGGACCGGCUGCUCUCGCCGGCCGAAGUGGAUAAAUUCGCCGAGGGACUACAGCCACAUCAGCUGGCCACCACAGCUGACGGAUCGACCGUCCUCGCCAAGGCGGUCAUGGAGCACAACUUGCUUGGCGUGUCAAGACUGUACAACAACAUCCAAUUCGAAGCCCUGGGCUCGCUGCUGGGUCUGGAUGCCGACAAGGCAGAAGAGACAACCGCACGGAUGAUCGAACAGGGACGACUUGUGGGACGAAUGGAUCAGCUGGACGGAAUCGUCUGGUUUGAAGGCGGAGAAGCAUCAGGUCAGAAAGGCAGCGGCCGUGCUGAGGCUCUAGCAGGCAAAGAGAUGCGCAGAUGGGAUGCCAACGUGGAGAGUCUGGCCGAGGAGGUUGAAAACGUCAUUAAUUCAUUACAGAAGGAAUUCCCUUCCUUUGUUGCUGAAAAUCUUGCCGCAUAGGUAGGCCAAGAUGAUAGUCUAGAGACAGGGGGAGAUAACGUCAGAGAGUCGGAGGAUGAUUUUGCGGCUGCGGCUACGGCUGCGGCAAGGGCUGCGAUUAGACAAAGAAUGCCUUUGCGUGUAUUCAUUGCGCGUCUUGCGCGAAACACAAUCAUAGACCCGGAUGAGGAUUUUGUGGCUGCGGCCACGGCUGCGGCCACGGCUGCGAUGAGACAGAAGAUGCCUUUGCGUAUAUUCAUUGCGCGCCUUGCACGUGUUGCGUGGCUAGAAUAGGCUGCGAGAUUUCAAACACUUUUUUACUAGUUUUAUGUUUUCAUUUCUUUCAUUCGUUCUUUCGUUCUUGUUCUUUUUUUUUCUUCUUCUUUUCAAAAAACCCUUCUCCGGUUUCUCGCAGGCAGGCGUUUAGACUAUUCUACUGGGUCAAACAAAAAGACACGAACCGUUUCUAAAAACAUGUGCCGCCCCGUCUUGUUAUAUAUAUUCUUUUGAGAAUUUUCUUGUUUGGAGAUGCUGUUUAUCAAAAAGGAGGCGCAAGACACCAAGUUGCCCUGAUGAUGCGCGACCCCCCAUUCUACUCGAAAAAACAGGCAUCAAAUCCCACAUCUUUCUAGAUGCUCAUCGCUUUAUAGUAUAAGUACACAUAGUAACUCCGGGCUGUCAAAGAUAAGAAAAAAAAGAAAAAAGAGGAGAUCAAAAGUCUCAAAAUCCGUUCCACGUUCAUCCCAUAAUACAUUCGAAUCCCAGUCAAACGCCCC